GUACAUAUACAGUUGCACGUUGGAGGCUCAAUCACUAUUUCCAAUUUUCCAUUUCGAAUCUACAGAACAUUUGGAUUUGGAUACCACGAUGCCAAAAAAAUGGAGAGUAGAACUCAUAUCGUCAUUAUCCUUACUGGGACUGUGAACGAGUGUCGUUCCAUAUCGAUGAAUUCAAACUUGGAACCCUAAAUGGCUUUCCAUUCAUCUCCAAUUGUGGUUUAUUGAUUUCCGAUCAGGGAACUCGCAGCAUUAUCCUCCACCAAACUGCAAUAACCGACGAAAUUCUGCAUAGGAAUCUGCUUUUUCUUGUUCGCCACGAAGAUCCAUUCGCGCCCUUUACCCAGUCGGAGUUCCCACUCACUGGGGACUGGGGAGAUUCGGCAUUGUCUUUGCGAAGUAAGGGUUUCUCUUAGUAAUGGCGACUUCCAGCUGGCGUGACACCUACAGGGGGAUGUCAUCCGAUAAUGUGAAGGGUCUUUGUCUUGCUCUGUCGUCUAGCUUCUUCAUUGGUGCCAGUUUCAUUGUGAAAAAGAAAGGCUUGAAGAAGGCUGCUUCUUGCGGAGUACGGGCAGGAAACGGAGGCUACUCUUACUUGUAUGAGCCUCUUUGGUGGGUGGGCAUGAUAACAAUGAUUGUCGGAGAGAUAGCUAAUUUUGCAGCUUACGCAUUCGCUCCAGCUAUAUUGGUCACCCCACUUGGUGCUCUGAGCAUCAUUAUCAGUGCUGCACUUGCUCAUGUUAUUUUACAGGAGAAGCUACAUUUGUUUGGAAUCCUUGGCUGUAUCCUGUGUGUUGUGGGUUCAACAACAAUUGUUCUACACGCACCUCAAGAGAGUGAAAUCACAUCAGUGACGCAAGUUUGGGAUCUUGCUAUGGAUCCAGCAUUUAUCUUAUAUGCAGCUUUGGUUCUAAUAGCUGUCUUCAUUCUCAUCGUCUACUUUAUUCCACUCUAUGGCCAGACACACAUAAUGGUCUAUAUCGGUGUUUGUUCCCUUGUAGGUUCUCUGUCGGUCAUGAGUGUAAAGGCACUUGGAAUUGCCUUGAAGUUAACUCUCUCAGGGAUGAAUCAACUUUUUUAUCCCCAAACUUGGGCAUUCACACUGGUUGUAAUUGUUUGUGUUCUUACCCAAAUGAAUUAUCUAAAUAAGGCACUGGAUACUUUCAAUACAGCAGUGGUAUCUCCCAUAUAUUACGUUAUGUUCACAUCGUUAACCAUUUUGGCUAGCAUUAUCAUGUUUAAGGACUGGGAUAGGCAAAGUCCAACACAAGUUGUCACAGAGAUAUGCGGGUUUGUGACAAUCCUUUCAGGAACUUUUCUUCUUCACAAAACUAAGGAUAUGUCCGAUGGUUCGCAUACAUCUUUACCUGUUAGACAUCCUAGGCAUACUGAAGAUGCGCCUUUGAUUGAAGGCAUCGCCCUUCCUCUCAGACGGCAGAGUUCCUCAAGAUCAACGUGACAUUUUUACAAUUCUCUCGUGUAAACUCCGGGAAGGAAUUUUGCCACGGUCAUCGAGAAUUUCCCUACCGUGUCAGUUAUUUUUCCGGGUACAGUUGGAGGUGGAAGCAUCAGACUCUCCUGUCAGUUCUUUUGGCAUGCUGAUGAUCAUGUUUUCAGAUGCCGCUGCUCUUUACACUCCAUGCAGAAAAGAAAGGCCAAUGUAAUUUCUCUGUAAUUGAUCUUAUAAUAUAGCGUAUCACGGCCAAGUCAUGCUAGCUUUGCACCAAUUUUUGAACUGCACAGUGUAGAAAUAUUAUUAUCAGUUUUUGCCAAUCGCAAUCCAAGCAGCCUCCAGUUUGCCCUCUC